AUCUACCCUUGGCUGCCGUUUUUUUUCCAUCUCACUUUUGCUUUUAACUGUUCCGGACUGCUGUUCACGUUCAUUACUUUCCCUUUUUCGUUUUCAUUUCUCGUUCAACAUCGGCAUUAGGGCGGGAUUUCCUCUGAGAGGACUUGGAUCUGGAAUUCAUUCAAUCUUUUUUUCUUUCUUUCCCUUUUUACCUUUGUUAAAAUUUCAAUUCUCGGCUUGACGCUUUUUACGGAUAGGGUUGGGGGUAUGGUGCUACCAGUGGGGUGGGAUUCAAUGGACGAAAUUGAUCUGGAUUACAUAGCAUGGAGUCUGCCGAGGAGCGAGCAAGGCGAAUGUCGGGGAAGGACAACAAAAGUUAAGAUUGCGCCAGAAGAAUUGUUCACUCCGGGUGCGAUUUUUGUAAAGCCAAUUGGAAGCUUAGAGGGCUUGUGGGGGAAGAAACGUUGUGCAAAUUUCCGAAGCACAAUAUCCACUAGGUGUGUACGGGAUAUUAAAAGGGAAUACUCUUGGAAGAUCUACAAUGUUUGCUGCAAUCCCGAGACAGGAGCUGAUGCUCACUAUGUUCGGAUUAAAUUCUCCGAUGAAGCGAAGGAUGUUUACUUCGCGUCAUACGUUACCGCCCUUAAUGGUGUUGCGGCAAAGCGUUUUCUUCAAGGCCCUAAGGAAGAACGUGCCAGACCCUUUGGUAUAGGUUUCGACCGCGGUGUCGCAUCAAAGGAGCGCCUAUAUCUCAUUUCGAAUUGCUCAAAGCAAACCCCUUACCUCCGCCGGGUAUCCGUAAAGUUAGAGGUUAAUACAGACGGAUCAUGGAGGCGUUCAGACGGAGACGUUGACCGAAUUGGCUUCGCCACGUAUAAAUCAGCACCAAAGUCCGCUAUUUGGGCAUCCAGCUCUCCCGAGACAAUCCCCUUUAAGGAUGACCCCUUUUUGAGGUUCGCUCGAGUAACGUUGCGGUUCGGAAGGCAGAAGGAAAGGACUAUCCUGGACAUGGGGAAGAGCUUUAGUCCGGUAUUUUCAUCCCGUAAACAGUGUGCAUCAAUAACAUUGUCGAGUGUACGAGUGAGGAUCUGUGACGACAAUCAAUCAACGGAGCCGAUUCAGACUAAAGUGCGGCUGGUAUUUACGGACAAGGGGAAGAACCGGAGUAGCUUCCUGCGAUCGCAGGCUAAGAGUGCGGCUGUGGUUGAGGCGGAGAAGGCGCUGUUAUUAUUCAAGAAAUCGGUGGAAUUGUCAGGGGAUAAUACGUUGGCACUGGAGGAUAACCUUGAAGACGAUGCGAUAUUUGAGAUGAACAUUGCGGAUGUUGUGAGCAAGAACUUCUCGGUGCGGCUGAAGGGGGAUAUCACAUCUGAAAAGAAGAAUAUCAACGGAGUGUUUAAGGGAUCUAAGUUAUUGUUAGUGCCUUGCUUCCCGUCCAAUGGUGUACACUUGGUUUUGCAGAGCGUGGAUGGGGAAUAUGUCUUGCGUCAAUACAUCCCAAGCCCCAUCCAAUUCAUAAGUUCCAUCACAGCAAGUUCGUUCACCGGCCCAAGCGUCAGCAUGCUGCGCAGGAUGGGAGAGAACAUAGAACGAGAAGGCAACGGCCGGAUAACAUACCUGUUUGAGAACGGGGAAACCGACGCAGCAAGCAUCGUCGAAAAAGUGGUUUCCAUAAUGGAGAAACUCCACACCUACCAAACAUCCCCACCAACUACCGCCCGUUCCGCCCAGUCCUCCCCACGCUUCCCACAGGGGCGGGGCCAUCGAUUACUAACUCCUCCGCAAUCACCACCGCGGAUGUUAUCCUCCUUCCGACGCCCCCAAAGUAGAGUUUUUGAAUGGGCUGGUCCCCCGUCGGUCCAUGCCUCGGUCGAGGACCUAUCUACAAUUGAUGAGGCAUCAUCGUCGGGCGAAUACUUGAUGGCCCCAGCACCCGCUCCGCCGUCGGUUCCUUCGUACAGGUCUACCCGUAGUGGGGAUACAUACGCCAGUUCUCAACACCAACACCCGCGAGCUUCUACUCCCUGCUCAGCGGCGUAUACAGAGUCGAUAUACAGCGCUCGCUCGGCAACGCUCAAACGCGCGCUACGAAAUAUGGAAGAGUCUGGAGCACGGACGUCUUUGCCGGUGAUGGGGAGGAUGUUUUGA